AUGCAACUAUCCAUAAACAUAACAGGAAUUUUGUAUUAAAUGUUGGGACUAACCAAAGGCAUAGAUUGGUUUUACAAUUAAAAAAAGAGUUCAUUAUAGACGACAUCGACCAACAACAGAAUACUCCAAUUACAAUAGGUGAUGAACUUGGUAGAUCUUGGAUAAACUACCAUGAGUUCAACAUCUGCAGUAAACCAAGGUGGAGAAGCUCAUCUGUCAAUCUCAGACAAUGACCUAACAACGAUCACAGAAUCAUGUGAAACCCUCAUCAUAAGACAAAAGAUUUCAGUUCAAAAAAUUAUCUCCAUUUUUUCCAAGAUAAAGGGUUAUAAUUUUUUCUGUAAACAGAUUGUGAACUGUUGUAAUCAGAUCCUGCAUGACACAGUAACCACUAGCAACACGAUAUUAACAGUGUGUAACUCAAUAAAACCAAAAGAUGUUUACAUGGUGGUCGAUCAUGAUGACGCUACUAAAGGUUCGACCUCAACCGGACAAAGUAAUCCGCUUACCUUGGAAAUGAUCACAAAAGCGAUUGAAGCCAGUCAAAUAUUUAAGAACAGUUUGCCACCAUCAAAUUUACAGUUACCCGUAGCAACAAAGCCGAAAUUAACCAUGGCAACAAGUAAAACUGAAUUACCCAUACAUGUAACAACAAGUAAAUCUGUGUUAAAAGUGAGUAAACCUGAAUUGCCUACGGUAACUAGUAACACAUCGUUACCCAAAGCAACAAAGGAGCCAAAAAUACCAAUAGCCACAAGUAAUCUUGAACUACCCAUAGCAACCAGUCAGCAGAAAUUAUCUAUAGCAGCCAGUCAAGAGAAAGUUUCUAUUGCAACCAGUGGAUCCAUUAAACCAGCACAGAGAACUUCUACUAAAACAGUAACAGAUGAAGCCAUCAGUAAUAUAGGCCUUCCCCAGAACUACGCCACUGCCAAUAUACCCGAUUUCAACUUGCUACAGUGUAAUUUAAGACCAAAACGCAAAAGAAAUAAGGAGCUUAGUGAAUCAUUACCUCCACUAGUAAACACUUCUCCUAGUGUGCCUCUUUUAUCCAAUGAUACAGUGUGUAAAACUGUGCCUCCUACAUCCAGUAAUACAGUGUGCACAAGCGUGAAGUCACAAAUCCUUGAAACAUCAGGCCAGUUGCCAAUGGCAACUUCAUCUGUUUGUUUUACAGGAGAUACUUCUGAUGUGUCUCUUACAUCCAGUGAUGCUAUGUGCAAAGGUGUGACUCUUUUAUCCAGUGAAACUGUGUGUAAAGGUGCUACUUUGCCAUCCAGUGAUACAGUGUCUAAAGGUGUGCCUCUUUUAUCCAGUGAUACAGAGUGUACCAUUCUCAAGACAUCAUCAGUAUCUGUUCCUAUAAAUAACUCUGUGCAACUUGCAUCCGUUGAUGAUGUAAUUUAUAGAGAUGUAUCUCUUCCAUCCAGUGAUAUAAUUUAUAGAGAUGUAUCUCUUCCAUCAAGUGAUACAGUUUGUAAUGAUGUGUCUGUUAUAUCAGAUGAUACAAUGUGUCAAACCAAUGGAACAUCGAGUCAGAGCUCACUCAUUGAGAUCAGAAUAGAAAAUGACCUUGACCUAACUGCUUUGGGAGGUGAAGGUAAUAUUGUACUAGUUUUGCAUGGAGAUGAGUCAUUGGAAUUUAACGAUGUUACCAAUCUAUACAAGGAAAGUCAGCCCCCUGUCGUAUGUAUUGAUGCCAAAGAUCAGCCCCCUGUCGUAUGUAUUGAUGCCAAAGAUCUGUUCGACAAUUUGAAAACGGCCGAUAACAGUGCAUACGAGGAGAUUAUAAUUACACCAAAUAAUUCAAGAAAGACCAAUGAAAUUAUACUAUAUAAUUGUGAUCUCUGUCCGAAAUCAUUUGAAAGUAAAGCUGGUUUACUACGACACAACAAAUCACACGUACGUUAUAAAUGUGAUCUCUGCCCGAAAACAUUUGAUCAUAAAGCUUUUUUACUACGACACAACAAAUCACACGAAAAUAAAGCUGCUCGAUUGGUCAGGAAACAAAAUCAAACUUUUAUCUGUGAAACUUGCGGGAAGAUUUUCAAGAAACUUGACCGAUUACGGGACCAUAAGUUAAUCCACCUGGAUCAUAAACCCGUGGCUUGUCCAUACUGCGAUUACAGGUGCGUAAAAAAAAAUUACAUGAAGAGUCACCUGAUUAAACAUGUUGGCGAGAGAAUUCAUCAGUGCGAGGAGUGUGGAAAGUGUUUUAAUCGAAUAGAAACCCUACGAAGCCAUUCUUUCAUCCAUCAAUUCCCCGAAAAACACUUUGCCUGUAACAUGUGCCCAAAGCGCUUUUUACAACGGAGUGCGUUGUAUAAUCAUAAAAGUGAAAUGCAUCGUGAAUCGAAGAGAUUUUCGUGUAUGGUUUGUGGCCAGGUCUUCAAAAGAAAAGAUGCCGUAAAUUCACACAUGAGGCGCCACACGGGAGAAAAACCAUUCGCUUGUGAAACUUGUGGAAAAAAAUAUCGACAUAAAUCAGCGAAAUAUGCCCACAGUAAAAAAUGUGAUGGGAAAGAAGAAGAGGAAGAAUCGUUGGAUGACUCCGAAGAAGAAGAUUAAACAGUUCUCAAUUGAUGGCAACAGAUCAACUUCAAAUGGCUUACUCAGUAAAAUGGUGAAUCUAACACGAGUUAUGUCUCAUGUAUCCUGUAAUGUCUUGAAUUCAAGUGAGAAUUAACAAUACAACAAAUAAAAAUAAAUCGGCUCAACAAUAAUGUACACUGAUCAUAGAAGAAGUCAUCUUGACAUAAGAGGGGAGUUGGAUGUCCAAAUGGUUAGCCCGUGCGCUCUGUAUCAUAAGGCUUGUCAUUGAGUCAAGGGAUAGGGUUGCCUGUCCAACCUCGUGGGUUUUCUCCCAAUGCUAAAGACUCCUAUUCGCAAGCACAUUAUUGAAAUAAAAUUGAACCAUAUGUUAGUCCCGAAAUGACCUAAUUUGUGUCUAGUGGACGUUAAACUCCUUUUUUUCUCUCUCUUGACACAAGAAUCGUGCAUACAUAGAAGUACCGGUAGUUGAGUAGUCUUACAAGUAUGAUUGCUUUAGAUUAUUAGGUCUGUCAUUGAGUCAAGUGCUAUGUUUUCGAUCACAAAUGUGUAUGUGACAAGGUUUUGGGUACCAUACGUAAGUCCCUAAAGGACCCAGUUUUUGUCAAUUUUUGACAAGAAUCAGGUUCAGUAGUACUUGCUUAGUAUUGGAUAAGUGGCUUAAAUGGGAACAGUGAAUUCUGGACGAAUAAGGACAAGACUGUAAUGAUAGAACAGAUACAUGUAUAUAAAUAGUGCAAGAACAACUCUCAAUAAUGUUGCUGAUGAAUUUAUUUUAUAUGAGGCGUUGGCUAGCUAACCAGGAGCUACUGACGUUAGUUCUUUUGGAUUUUGGUACUUUAUAACUUUAAAGAUGCCUUACUAUUCUCCCGGACAAUGAUAAUGACACUGAACUUGCAAAUUUAUUCUCUGAUUUCUUUCAAAUAAAAAUACAGAAAAUACGAACUGAACUUGAUGAUUUAAAUAAAACUAUUGACUUUAACGCUCAUGACUUUGAUAAGUUAGAAAAUUCUGUUUAUUUAGAAAAUUUUAACUUGGUUAGUGAAUCUUUUGUUUUAAAGCUAAUUAAAUCGUCUGCUCCUAAAUCUUGUUCAUUAGAUCCUGUUCCGACUUCUGUUCUUAAGGACUGUCUAGACGAAGUUAUUCCAGUUUUUACCAAUAUUAUUAAUUCUUGUAUAUCAUCCGCUACUAUUCCUAACGUUUUCAAACGAGCUUAUGUUACCCCUUUAAUUAAAAAGUCUACACUGGAUCCUAAUUUUUUUAAAAAUUACAGGCCAGUCUCUAACUUAAGUUUUAUUUCUAAAAUAUUGGAGAAAUAAAGGCCCAUCUAGAUGAUAACUGUUUGUAUGAACCAUUUCAAAGUGCUUAUAAACAAUUUCACAGUACCCAAACAGCUUUAACCCGGGUUUCAAAUGAUAUUUUAAUGGAAAUUGAUAAUAGAAAAUGUACAUUUUUAAUUUUAUUAGAUUUAUCUGCUGCUUUCGACACGGUGGACCCUUCCAUUCUUCUACGUAGACUUCAAUUUAAAUUUGGUAUUUGUGGCUCUGCAUUAAAUCUUUUAGAGAGCUAUCUUGUGGGUAGAAAACAGUGUAUUUUAGUUAAUUGUAAAUCGUCGUCUGAAUCUGUUUUGUCAUUGGGGUUCCCCAAGGUUCUGUUCUUGGUCCGAUUUUAUUUACCCUCUAUACAUCACCAUUAGGCGAUAUUGUCAGGAAAUAUGGUCUCAGCUUUCAUUUGUAUGCCGAUGAUACUCAAUUAUAUAUUUCAUUUACACCUAAUUGUCCAUCUUCUUUCAAUUUAUCAAAAGUGAAAUUAGAAAAUGGAUGUCAAAGAACUUUCUAAAAUUGAAUGAUGAUAAAACCGAAUAUUUGUUAUUAGGCUCAAGGCAUCAAUUAAGUAAAUCUGCACAUGAUAACCCGCCUGUUGUAAUUGGUAAUUGUGAUAUACAUGUAUUUUCAUCUUAUUCUGCUCGUAAUAUUGGCGCUAUCUUUGAUAGUUUUAUGCUUAUGAGAGCUCAAGUAAAUAAUAUUUGUAAAUUGUGCUAUUUUAAUAUUAGAAAUAUAGGUAAAAUACGUAAAUGUGUAACUGUAGAGGUCACUUGUUAAUUCUCUGGUCACUUCUCGAUUAGAUAACUAAUUCACUUUUAGUUGGUUUACCUUUAAAGCCUAUAGAUAAAUUACAAAAAGUACAGACUACUGCGGCUAGACUUGUUACUUUAACUAAGAAAUGUGACCACAUAACUCCUGUUUUAUAUAAUUUACACUGGUUACCUGUUAAAUAUCGAAUUGAUUUUAAGAUUUUAUUACUUACUUUUAAAUGUUUAAAUAAUUUAGCUCCUGUUUACCUCUCAGAUCUUUUAGAACUUUAUACACCUGGCUGAACUUUACGUACAUCAGAUAAACUACUUUUAAAACCCAAAACUGUUCAACUAGUCUCUUAUGGUCAGCGCUCUUUUAGUUAUCAAGCACCUGUUUUAUGGAAUAAUCUACCAUUUAGUUUAAGAUGUUGUACAUCGCUAUAUUCUUUUAAAAAACAACUUAAAACACAUUUAUUUAAUCAUGCUUUUAACUGACUCUGUAUACAAUCGUUAACAUGUCCAUAAUCUUGUUGUUUAUUUAUGAUUACAUUGUGACUUUGUAAAGUGUCCCUGAACAUGUUAUAUGAAAGGGUGCACUAUAAAUAUGCUGUAAUAAUAAUAAUAAUAAUAAUAAUUAUGUAAGAUUUCGGGGGUUUGGAUGACCGAAUCGUUAGCACGUGCGUAUUGUAUUAUAAGGUCUGUCAUUGAGUCAACUGGCGUGGUUUUGAUUCUCCGGUCCAACCUCGUGGGUUUUCUCUGGGUCCUCCUACUGCUAAAGACACCUACAGGGAAUCAAAACCACACCAGUUGACUCAAUGACAGACGCGAACGUGCUAACCAUUCGGCCUAAAGAAAGACCUGCAAUAGGCAGAUUUAGCUCUUGUAUAAUGUAUAUUUAAUGAUGUUUAUGGCUGAGGUGUUAAAGAUGGGGAUACAGUGGUUAUUGACUUUAUUUAUAAAAUAAUAUUGUUUAUUAUGAAAGAUGAAUAAAACUUUUUCUGAUA